GCGGGUCAGGUCCUCGCACUCCUUCCUCAGGGGCCUCUUCGGAGGUAACUCAAAGGUGGAAGAAGCCUGUGAAAUGUACACCAGGGCUGCAAACUUGUUCAAGAUCGCCAAAAACUGGAAUGCUGCAGGAAAUGCGUUUUGUCAGGCAGCCAAGCUCCAUAUGCAACUACAGAGUAAACACGAUGCAGCCAUCAGUUUUGUGGAUGCUGGGAAUGCUUAUAAAAAGGCAGAUCCACAAGGGUCGAUUUACUAUUGCUGCCAAACAUCACAUCACUAUUGCAGAGGUUUAUGAGACUGAGCUGGUAGAUAUUGAAAAGGCAAUUGCACAUUACGAGCAAGCGGCAGAUUACUACAAAGGAGAAGAAUCUAACAGUUCAGCUAACAGGUGCCUGCUGAAGGUGGCUGCAUAUGCUGCUCAGCUGGAGCAGUACCAGAAGGCAAUAGAAAUCUACGAGCAGGUUGGAACAAAUACCAUGGAUAAUCCUUUGCUCAAGUACAGUGCAAAAGAGUAUUUUUUUAAAGCUGCUCUCUGCCACUUUAUUGUGGAUGAGUUGAAUGCGAAGCUUGCUCUUGAGAAGUAUGAAGAAAUGUUUCCAGCAUUCACAGAUUCAAGAGAGUGCAAGCUAGUGAAAAAGCUGCUGGAAGCUCAUGAGGACCAAAACUGUGAUGCAUACACUGAGGCCGUUAAGGAAUUUGAUUCAAUAUCUCGCUUGGAUCAAUGGCUUACUACUAUGUUGCUUCGCAUCAAAAAGUCAGUCCAAGGAGAUGGUGAUGGAGACCUGAAGUGAAUUAUUUAUGGUAUAUGUGGCAUGCAGCCUAACUCCUAAAUAAUCUGUUUUUGUGUAAUGGCCAUGGACCAUUAUGGGAUACUUAACGAUAUGUCUAGCUUAAUUUUGUUGCUUAUGAACCAAAUGACGUGUAUUGUUAGUAUCCUGGUGUCUUUUUGAUGACCUGGAUGGAUGAGAAUUGAUACCCCUAGGUGUUGCUAAGAGAUCUUCCAUAUGUGAGAGCAAUAGCGGGAUUCACUAGACUGUUGAAAUCAGUGAAAGAAAUGCUUGUGGCAAAAAUCUAUUUUUUGGUAGCUGAUGAGCCAGAAGUCUUUCAUUUUUAAUUUUCGUUUUGCUGCCAUUUCUCUCCUAGCUCAUUGUCUUCCACACCUUUGAUCCAUGCUUGUAAAUAUGACAUACAGUACACAGUAUUUUCUGAUCUAAUGCUAUAUUGCUAGAGUUUUAUGUUUUUAAUGGACCUUUCUCUAUGUAGAUUUUUGUUUUUAAAAUGAUAAAGCUAUUUUAAUGAUGGUAGUGAAAAGCUUAUGAUUUUUAUAUACAGUAUGCAUGUGUGUCUGUGUACAUACUCUACAGAUACAUGUGUGCAUGAAUAAAUACAUAAUGAUCUGGGUCUAAAAACAUUAAUCUUCAUGUGUGUGUGGGAGGGGGUCCGCUUAUAAUGUAAAUUACCUUCUCCCCAAAACACUCAUUAACUAGGACCUAGCUUAUAUAUUUUUCUGUUUAAGAAAUAUAUAUAACAUUUAAGUUUCUUCUAUUUUUUUCCCUUGGAUAUGUUUUUUCCACUCAUUUUAUUUUUUGGUGCAUACCAUCUCUCCUGCCCUAAGAUGACUUUAACAGGUAAUAAUAUAUUUUUCUAACCUUUCAUUUACGUAAGUUCCUGCUAUUGUCUUUGCUGCAGGUUUUUUGUAUGUGCCAGAACACUAUUUCGUUACCUUGGUGCUGUUGGCAAGUCUGUGUCAAUGGUAUGCGGUGUAGUGACUGAAUUAGACUUGCUCUUAGCUUAAGAUACACCUUUUCAGCACUGCUGGACAACAGCUUGCCCAGGCUUGCUUUAAAACUAUGUAGAAAAUAAAAAUCACAUACAAUGAUCUUGAAGAACAUCUGUGAAUCCUAAUUUCUGUUUGUAUGUGCCUAGCCUAGUUUCAAUGGAGAUAGACAAGCUACCUAUAUUAAAUAUAUGUAUCAAAGUGAGGGAUAUUCAUGACCAUUGCAGUUUCAGUGUUGUGGCUUAAUAUUUCAGUGCAAUUCCAGUAAGAUGUAGAAAUGAUUUAAUUUUUACAUCACCAGUGCUGCUUAGGUAGUGAAAGGCUACUGGUUUUAUUUUGCAUAAAUGCUUCUUGUCAUUUGAGCUUUUAAAUAUUGGAUACUCAUAAAAUAGGAAAACACUACUAUCCCAUAGUUUGGUACCUGUACUGUGCAGCUAUCUAUGGUCUAGGUUGGUUUUUGCUCUCUUGUGGAGGAAAGACCUGCCCAAACAGGGUACUAACUGACUUUCAUUUUUAAGAAUAUCUAUUUUUUUUCCUGUGCUUCUAGCUUUCCUUAAUAAAAUGGAACUGAGUGGCUAUAUUGCCUGACACACAGUAAAAGUAUGGGUACGUAGUAAUCCUAGCAAACAGCACACACAUUUGUUUACAGAAAAUAUCAAGUGAUAUCAUAAAUUCCAGGAAAGAACAUGGUUGCAUUGACUUAUGUUUCAGAGGGACAGCCAUGUUAGUCUGUAACUGAAAAACUUAAAAAACAGCAAGUAGUCCUGCAGCACCUUAGAGACUAACAAAAAAAUGUAGCUUGUUAGUCUCUGUCCCGUAGGACUACUUGCUGUUUAAGUUCAUUGACUUACAUCAGUCAGUUUAAACUUUCUUCCAUGUUGUUAUCUAGAUGUGUUUGUAAAUGAUUCCAGGAAGGGAUCUACCCCUGCUUUCAGCUCUGUGCUGUGUAGUGAGUUUGGCUUUUCUUGUAAUUGAAAUAAACAGCACUAUUGGCAUUCGUUGAAAUUGGACAAAAUUGUUUCCUCACCCCUCAAGAAUUUAAAAAGCUUCUUAGGAAAAACUUGCUUGGUUUGUUGGAUGGAGAUGUGUGGCUUCAAUGAGACAUAGGGGAAAUGGGAGGAGCUGGCUCUGAUAAGAAACAGACUCCAAUAGGGUGGGAAGUGUUAAAAAGCUGCAACUUCUUGUGCGAUUAACAUUUGCUUAGCUUGGCUGAUCUAAUUAGAAAUGACUCACUUGGGCCUCCCUUUAGGGAACACUCCUGUACAAAGCCAACUUUUCUUUAACAGAUAUGCCAGCAUACUCCUGUAGUGUGGGUGCAGCUUGCAGCUCUGGAAGGGGUUUUUCUGUCGGUACAAAACCAUGGCCCUGGGCAUGAACUAGCAUGUAAGCUUUACAGAUGCAUUUUCCCAUUGAUUUAACUGAGGUUAGAACAGCAUAGCUUUGCUCAGGGGCUGGAUUUUUCACACCUGAAUGCUACAGUUGUGUUGACUCAGUUUAAGGUGUGCCUCUACAAAGACAAGCCAGAGGGGAAAAGAAAAGGCUUAAGAGUAGUCCUAUAUAUUUGAAAAAGCUCUGGUCUAAGAAGAAAUGAGAUGUUAAGCUGUUUUGUAGAAAGGCAUUUGUUUUUUCAAACUUUCCUUAUGCAAAGAGGAACAUUUAUAUCAGACAAAACUCAGUUUAGCCAAGUUUAGUGAAAAUCUACACAGGUAACACCACACACAAUAGCCACAUUCAACACUUCAUACACAAGUCGGCACUAGUUAUAUUUUACUUUCCAUGGCUGGUUUAUUUUUCCAGGACCUGAAACACAGUAUUUUGCACAAUUAUGAUAGUAUGCAUAAAUUAUUGCUGUAACAGAACGAUGUACUAGUCUGUAAGCCGUUAUUAAUGCACUCUAAUGUAGUAGUCUUGUCUAACUGCAAAUCUUGGUGAUUUUGUAUAGUAGCAUGUCAUCUGUAAUGUAAUAAUUUGCUGUAAGCUGUGAUACCAGUUUUCAAAUCAUGUAAUCAGAGCAAACUGUCAGGCUGUUAUUUUUCCUUGCCCUGGGUCAAGAAUCUGUACUAUGAAAACUAAUAAUGAAAUGGCCUUAGCAGGAACAGAUUGUGUGAAUUCUACAGUAAUAAAAUGAAAGUGAAGCAAU